AUGGAGCCCAUCUCGACCCCUCGCAUCUCCGGCCAGAUCAUUGGCUCCUUCGUGGGUCGCAAUGUCAUGAUCGUGGGCAAGGUGCUCCAGUUGCGCGGCGAGGAGGCUGUCAUCGAAGCCAACGGUCAUGUCACCGCGAGUUUGAACAGGGAAGCCCACCUCACCCCCGGAAACGGAGUCCAGAUCAUCGGAAAGGUGAACAACGACCUCUCCAUCAAGGUCAUGAGCUCUGUUGACCUGGGCAACAAUGUCGAUUUCACCGUCAGCCAGGCAGUUGUGGACGCAACGCACCAGUACCCGGACCUCUUCGUCUACGUCAACUGA